AUGAGCCAGGGGAAACGAAUCAGGAACAAAAAGCAUAUGAGCAAGAUUCCGGGAAGCAGAUGCCAUGUGCCAACGGCCAGUACCAAAAACCAAGAAGCCAGAGCCUAUAGCCUUGGGCAAGGGGCCAAGAGGCAGGAAGCAGGAGGUGGAAAAUUAGCUUCGAAACGUACAUCACCGCGAGUGAGCGCUUUGGACAGCGACAGCGUGACAUCGGCUCGGCGCAGAGCGAUACUGAUCCACUGUCUCGGCACCGGAGGUGUAGGGAUUAACCUCCCUACACCUCCGGCUUUCCUUCCAACGCCUGGGGAUCCUGCAAUCCCGUGGACCAGGUGGAAAAUUAGCUUCAAAACGUACAUCACCGCGAGUGCUUUGGACAGCGACAGCGUGACAUCGGCUCGGCGCAGAGCGAUACUGAUCCACUGUCUCGGCACCGAAGGCCAGCGUGUUUUCAGCCAGUUCGAAGACACAGAUACCUACGAUAAAGCUGUGAAAGCUUUGGAGAAAUACUUCGGCCCAAAGAAGGGCGUCAUGAUGGAACGGUAUAAAUUUCGCAAACGGGGACAAGGCAACGAGAACGCCUACUCAUGGAGGAUGACACUGGACAAAGCCACUAAACUGGCUAUCCAAAUCGAAUCAGCACUUACCGAUUCCAAAGCCAUCAGAUCUCCCGCCCCUACUCAACAGCAGACCACUACAGCUACGGCUCAAGUACAAGGUGUUCGCCCAAAGCGUCAACCACAGCGUCGACCCAAGGCUACAAAACCACCCACUACUGCUCGCGGACCAGACUUCCAUUGCUUUAACUGUGGGGACAAAUCACACUCGGCAAAGAGCUCCAAGUGCGGGAAAAAGUGCUCCGCAUGUGGCAAAUUGAACCAUUUUGCCAGCGUCUGCCGCUCAUCGCAACGUGAUAACACUCAUAUUCGCCAUGUGGACAACCCCGACAGUGACGAAUCCAGUAUGGUUUACACAGUUAGCGACCCUACCUACACUGGUUCUGGUAACUUCAAGGACUGUGCACUCAUCAUCGAUGGCAAACCUACACGCCUCCUCAUUGAUCUCGGGGCAAAGGUUUCCAUCCUGAGCGAGGCUACAUACAAGCAGCAUUUCGCACACCACCCGCUAUGUCCAGCAACCUCCACCCUUCACUCAUACUCCGACUCCAAAAUCGAGGUAUGUGGGGUCAUUUCUGUUCCAGUUCAGUACAAGGACAUAACAUUGGAUAACUUCUCCUUUCACGUCGCUAAAGGCAGAAGUCUUAUGGGUGUUGACCUGUUUGACAAGCUCGGCUUCAAGGUGUUCGAUCCUACUGGCACUCCCAUGCACAUGGUGGACAUUGACAAGCAGUACCCCACCAUUUUCAACGGCUUUGGAGAAAUCAAGCAUUUCUGCCACCCAGCUGUCAAACCAGUUUCUCAACGCCUUCGCUGUCUCCCCUUCGUGGUUCACGACCAAGUUUCCACAGAACUUCGCAGACUCGAAUCACAGGGUAUCAUCGAGCGCAUCAACUCUUCUCCCUGGAUCAACUCUUCUCCAUGGAGAAAUUCGCCUCUGCGUUGA